AUGACCGAUAGAUCUUUCAAACAGCCAAAUCAGUCUAAGCUUCACUCGAUACUUGAUUGGGCUAAUAUGCGCAACUCAAAAGCCGAGAAGAAAUUGAUUAAAAACAAGUUGAAUCCUCGAGUUGUCUCUAUUGACACUGCAAAGCGGAAAACUACGGGCCGAAAAGACUUAUUUCAAACUGUUAGUAAAAAAAAUACUGAACAGUGCAUUGGCAAAGGCAAGUUGAAAUGCCGCAAAUUAAACGAUAGCGGUAUAAAGGCUCGCCGGGCAAAAAAGCUCGAGCAACGUAGGAAAGAAAAGAGGAUAUUCACCGCUCAGGAUUGGGCAGCUCCAGCUCCUUCGAAUCUCGUUGCACAGCUCGAUAUCCCAAAAGUGAAAACUAAGUAUCAGUCUUACUUUGAGUUUACCGACAAUCCCGGGAAGAAAGAAAAAAAGCUCGAAUUUCAGGUCACAAACAAACUUGAGCCGCCACCCGGAUAUGCCUUUGUACCAAUUGGAGAUCCAUCAUUAACGAAUGCUUGCAAAGAGUUGUCAAGGGAAAAAGACGCAAUGAUCUUCAUUGUAUCGACUUGUAAAGGCGAACAAUCCAAAAUAGCAGAACACGUCUAUCGUAUUGGAUUCCACUUCCGAGAAAUGAUCAUUGAUGAAGCACGCGAAUUUUUAGGUGAAAGUCCAAACUUUAAGACUGAUGCUCAAGGGACAAUAGAACCAAUUCCAGAGCUACAAAUAGAUAUUAACAAGCAGGCCGAUGCUGCCAUCCGCGACCUAUUUCCUCGGAUACCAAAUACGGAUAGGCAGAUGGUUAUAGAACACGCUUUCAAGAAGGGAGCUAUGUUUCAGGGAGAGCCAACUGUGGGGACGCAGUCUAAUAUUCCCCUGUCUCGAAGAGUACAACUCGCUGUUCUUGCUCAUAUUCGGCAUAAUCAUACUAGGUAUGAUAAAUUGCUCCGAGAAACAAGUUGGAUUAAUGCCCGGAAAGUCGUUGAACCAGUUUGCCUGGAUGUAAUACUAAAAUGGCGGGGUGAUGAAGAAACAGGACGUGACCAAAUGGACGAAAUACUACGCGAAGUUGUUAUUAUCAGCGAUUCAGAAAGCGAUUAUGAUAACCAACUUACUUCCAAAGCAAACAGUUCCGAUGAAGAGGGCGAGGUCACAUCGAGCAGUAACUUAGGACCUCCAUCCCAGCCGACCUCUAAACGACCAAAUAUUAAGGGUCAGUGUAAUGCAGAACUAAUAAAAAGAUUACUUCCUGAUAAUAUGCCGCAUGAAUCAGUCUCAUCAGGAGUAGAAUUCAUAUCUGAUAGGAAUCCAAAGGAUAACUUGCCCCAACGAAGCUUCAAGCGAUACCAGGCUGCUUGGGAUAGUGCACUACGCCGACAACUUGAAGAAUCUACAAGUUUUGCUGACGGUGAGAUUUUAUAUCGGGCACUUCCCUCAACUAGACGUUGCUACCCGACGCGUAUAGAAUCCUACAAUGAACUUAAUCCUGAAGGGACUUGCAAGGCGAAACAAAAAUCUUCUUUACCCAGGUAUCAUAUUAGCGUUAACCAAAUUUGGAGGCAUGGCGAAAGUGGUGUAAUGUCUGCUGCUCCCCCUAUGCUUGGACACUAUAAUACUGGCUCUGCUCGGAUUAUAGAACGAGGCGAGUUAUCAAAACAACCAAUAAAUGAAUGUACGACUUCUAAUAAAUAUGUUCGUCAUCGUAUAGUACCUCUGUCUAGGUACCAUUUGAAGUGUCUAUCACCACAAAAUGUGAUUAGACCUGGUAUACAAGAUUUACUAGUUCAAUCCAUUGAGAAAUCCUCCGAUGAUCAUUCUUCAAGGGAAUUGGAGGGCCGGUAUUAUUCAGGUGAAUGGGCCAACAAGGGCGGGGAACCAAGUACUCGACAUAUAGGUGAGAGAAGGUUUCCAACCCCUGUAUCACAUAACGUGAUUAUUAUCGAUCAUGAUAGUCCUCCCAUGAAAUAUCAUCGAGCAGCGUGCGGAAAUGGCCCCGACCGCCUUGAACCAUACCCGCUCCAUAAACGAGGAGCAGAUAUACCAGUUUACAAUUCCGAAUGCCAUUCCGAAACCCCAUCUCUUCAUCGAUGGAAAAAAAAUGACUCUCAUCACCUAAAUACCUACAGACUUGAAAAAGGUUUGUAUAAAGAAUAUAAGCCUAUCUAUAGAGAAUCUGUUGCAAGCGAUUGUUUUCCUAUCUAUGAUGUCCGAGGUGCACUAAAUAAUUCGAUGCGCUUUAUGGAACAUAGAAAAGUAGAAACAGCUCUUGUGCCAGGAGCUCAUGUAGAACUCAUUGAUUUGACAACACCAGAGCCAGAAUCCAAUAGUAUUGUUGAUCUAACUCGUUCGAGUAAUAUUAAUUAUGGUGAAGGCUUGGGAGGAACUGAAAGUGAGCAUGAAUUGCGUUCUAAAAAAACGUAUCGCCGCUUUUCGUCAUCAUUGAUUUCUUUUUCUCAAGCCCCUAGUGCCUAUGAUACGGAUCGAGAUGUAUAA